AUGGCCGCAGUACAACUCCUACCUUCUUCACUCAGGCGGAUCGGUCUUACCGUCCUGUCGCCUUCCUCCUGUGCUACGUCUCUCGCACAUGUCUCUCGCCUCUCCUCUCUCUGUCGUUCUUCUUUUUCUCUGUGCUCUUCACCCUUCUCUCAAGUUUCCUCUUCCAGUCAGUGCCCACCGUUUGCUUUUUCUCGUGGGUACAUCUCUUCUUCCUCUUCCUCUUCUUCCUCUUCUUCUUCUUCCUCUUCUUCUUCCUCUUCUUCCUCUGCUUCUUCCUCUUCUUCUUCCUCUUCUUCUGUCUCUUCUUCGUCCUCUUCUUCUUCUGUCUGUCCUUCUUCUCUUUCGGCUUCUUCCUCUGCUCCUGAGGUGAAGAUUGACUUGAGCCGAGUGCCUGGGACCGGAGCGAGGAAGGGCAGUCCAGAGGAAGACCUGCCUGCUGCGGACGUCUACGUCCUCCUCUUCACCUGCAAACCGUGUGGAAGGCGCUCUGUGAAAAAGUUCUCCAAACGGGCCUACCAUCACGGCGUCGUCAUCAUCAAAUGUCCUCACUGCGAGUCGCUGCAUUUGAUCGCCGACAACCUCGGUUGGUUUGGCGCAGGACCAGAGACACUGGAAGACAUUCUGAAAGCAAAGGGAGAAAAGCAAUUGAAAGCGCUUUCAGCGGAAGAUCUGUUGGACCUCUCGGAGCUGCGGGCCUCUGGGGAGACAGGCUCUGCGCCUCCUCGCGCCGUCGAGGCAGACACCAACCGUGCAUGCAGAGACGAGACCGACGCGAAGUCAAAUGUGUGA